AUGGGGAAGCCUGAGCGCAUUUUGGUAUGGACCUUCAUGAUAGCUGCAGCUGUCGCCUUGGCUCCACCGAGGCCGGAUCUGAAGCACAAUUCGCAGUCCGGCAGCGGUCUAAAGUCAGACUGUGCAGGGAAUCUAAUGAGAGUCACCUUGGACAAGGCGCUCGCUGUGGGGAACCAGCUUGAGGUGGAAGCCAUCAAUGGCACCAAGUUUGUUGCAUUGACUCCCAGCCUGGCUGCUCAGUGUGGAUACAGCAUGGAGUCUGACCCGUGGGGCAACACCAGAAUCUACACGUCUCUGAUGGGCUGCUAUGUGGACAAUAAGGAUGAUGAAACAUUUAAUGCCGGGUUGAGACUCUAUAUGUACCACCAUGAGAAUCCUUCCGAUGUGGUCAAUCAUGAUGUGACUAAGAAGUGCAGCUACACUCGCUGGGCCUCCAGAGAAAUUCUCUGUGAAAGGAACUACAUGGAAGUUUCACACCACAUGGCUAAACCUGCUGAGGCUAAGGGACAAGCUAAAGCUGAAACCCAGAUCAACGCCACUCCUGGUGAAUCAGAUGGAGCACAAGGUAUUUGGAAAAUGACGUUUUACACUCCUGACCCAGUUCCGAUGGUGCUGAGGGAGGCCAUCCAGGCUGGCUACGCUGCCAUGACCACCACUAACCGCCUGGUUGUGCGAAGCCCUUACGAUACAGCAGAGACUACCUCUGAGGAGGUGGCUGGAGUCCCAAUGGCUGUUUUAAAAGUGAGUGCUUACUACAAGGCAUCGGACGGUUUGCGCACGGUGAACAUGGCAGCUGCUUGUCCCACAGGCGGUGUCCUCUACACCGAGGGGGUGAUCUCUUGGUACGUUCCUCGUCGUGUGACGCCGCUGGUAGACGGCAACUUUAAAAUCCUAGAAAUGUUCAUGGGUAUCAACGGACAAAGGCUGGAUACAUCUCAGAUGGCUGCACGAGGAUACACACUAUCUACCACCGAGUUUCACAUCAUCGUCGAGAUCCCCUUGGGAUCGCCUGAUGGUUACUACAAGAGCCAUGCCCCAGAUUACCAGUACCACAUCACCUAUAGUGUGGAGCCCAUGCUGGAGGUACUGUGGAGGGCAGAGGACACCCAAGAUGAUACCAGAUACAAGAUUUUGUUCCCAAUUACCACCCCUCUGAUGCCCAGCCCUCCACACAUCAAAGAUGACACCGUUCCACAGGACAGGAUGUUCACUCUGUACAUAGGAACCUUUCUUCAUGAUGUGGCGCUCACGAACGUCACAUUCUCCACUGGCGUUCUCACUGUACAGGAAAGUAUGACCAGAGGCUUUUCAGUGCAAGAGUACAGCUUCUCCAAUGGAUCGAAGAGCUUCUCUCUGCAAGUGCCUUUCGACGCUGAUGUCGUCCUGAAACAUAAUCCUGAGCGCUUGGUUACGUCCUACUUUCUCCCUUUGGUCUUUGGAUUUGUAACUCUGCCGGAAGAAACUCCCUUUGCCCUCUCGGUGGAUUUGCAGGCAUCUCUGCAAGAUGUUGUGCUUCCCACAAUCUCUGGUUCCUGUGACCAGAAUAAUUUUUACAUUAUCGUGGAAUAUGGAAGUCAAGGCCCCAGUUUCCAGACCCUAGUUGGGUCCCAGCAGCUAACCCCUGAGCUGAUGGAGACUUACAACUUUGCAGAAAACAACACACACUUCAGCUUUGUGGUGCAAGACAGAGCCAAUGGAUCAGUAUUUGAGCUAACUACCGCCGACUCACUCAGAGCCAGACUUGACGUUGUCUUGGUGGACUACGUCAACUACUGGGUGCUUGCCGAUCUCUCCCUGACCUGCAGUUUCCCUUACAGGAUCACUGGGUGCAACCCAAACGGCACAAUGACCGCCCUGGUUUUUAAGAUGGAAUCUGUGCCCAACCUGGACAUGAGCAUGCUGACUCUGACGGACCAGUCCUGCAAACCAGUUUUUCAUAAUGCUCGCUUUGGUGUGUUUUCUUUCAACGUCAGUUCCUGUGGAACCACUAGAAUGUUUUUUGACAACUUCAUGCUGUAUGAAAAUGAGAUCAGCCUCAACAACGGAGCCACCUACAUGUCACCAGUGGAUCCAGAGUACAGGCACAAGAUUUCCUGCUACUAUGUGGUGAAUGACACUCAGACUGUUGCCUUCAACUCUGAACCAAUAAACAAACAACCUGCAGCAGAGAUCGGAUCAGGACAGCUGAUGGUGCAGAUGAGGCUCGCUGAAGAUUCAUCGUACAACUUCUUCUACCAAGCAGAAGCUUAUCCAGUAGUGAAAUACCUGAGACAGCCUCUGUAUUUUGAGGUGGAGCUGAUGUACUCCUCAGACCCACAGCUGGAGCUCAUCCUGGAGAACUGCUGGGCCACUCUGCACGAAGACAGGACGUCUCUGCCCAGCUGGGACAUUAUUGUGGACGGCUGUGUGAACCGCGAUGACAGCUACGUGACAGUCUUCCACCCGGUUAUGAUGGACACUAGAGUUGCCGUACCGUCCCACGUCAAACGCUUCUCUAUGCAAAUGUUCACCUUCACUGAAGACGGAGAGGUUCUGAAAGACGAGAUCCACGUCCACUGUGACGCGAUGGUGUGUAACGCAAACGGCGACGCAGAUGACUCCUGCAGGGGCCAGUGUGUGAAUCCUACAGGCACGAAGCCCUACAGCCAACAAGGGGUUAAAAGAACGCAAAGAAGCACAAACUCCAGCAACCGAAGGCAGCUCUCUUCUGGACCAAUCCUGUUAACUACUCAGUCAAACUCUUGA